AAGAGUGAAAUACGAAGCACGUUUUUGUAUAACAAUUUCCAACCUACAUGAUUAAUUUCAGACCAUUUUACGGUUUUAGCGUUGUGUCAAAUGCGCGCCAUGCUCAACGGCCGGCGCUAACUAGCAUACAUUUCUCGUGCAGGUUGGCUGUUAUAAAGUUUCCAAACUGACCAAAGACCAACGAAUGACUUCUGAAGAAGGGUGGAUUUAUCUGUAGCCUAGUUAAACAAUAAUUUGCCCCGUCAGUGUCAUGGUUUGAAUGCUGCCUGAACGUUCCGUGAACGUUAUAGUUCCGUGUGGGCGAUAAUAGGGCAACCCAUUUUCCUUGGGGUUUUUUUUUUAUAGAAUAAACACAAUGAAGAAGCUUCAACAGAGGGCUUAUAAGCGUAGAUGGGCUGCCACAACUAGACAUUUGAAGAAGCAAUGCCGGCAGUCAACUUUAGAAUUAGAGAGUGAUGAUAGCGAGCAAGAGAAUGACACGACAAUCUUAUCAAGUCCAGAAACAGUGACCAGCCUUCAGUACAUGGAUGCUGCGGGGACUACUUCCUGCACUGCCGCGGGUGCUGACAAUGCCACCUACAGUGGCCUUGAUAGUGAUGAAAAUGAUGCUGAUUGGAGACUAAUCGACCAUCAUGUCACCUUGUCAUCUGAUUCAGAAAAUGAGAGUGAUAGUGAAUGCUUUGAAGAUCAUUUGAGAUUGUUGGCAACGGAAUAUCAUGUCAAACAUAAUGCAUUGGACAGCCUUUUGAAGCUACUCAAGAAAGUUUUCCAGAUGGCUCCUUCUUUUGUGGUCGUUGAGUUCCUUGGUGAACGUUCAGUCGCUGUUGUCCCAACCAUAUGGACAGAAGAUCAUGGAAAGAAUAGCUUCUGCUAUUGGCCAAGGCCAAAUCCUACCCACUCCAGAAUCCGGAAAGCUGAGAUUCCUGACAAAGAAGUCUGGGAUAGGCUGCCAAUUCGGGUUUUCAGGAAAACAUUCACUGAAGACUUUGACAAGGCCCUUCAAUACGAAAAACAAGCUGAAAUGUUUUUGAGCCCAGAAGAAGUGUCAACCAAACGGAGCCACAUCACCCCUGAAUGUUCUAGAAACGAUGAGGAAGAUGUGUUUGAUGCUGACGACAAAGAGGAAAUUCGGCCAAAAAAGAAGUGCAAAAAAGAGAAACCACAGAUCCUCGUCCAGGCACCCCCACUGCCAGAGCUCCCACCAUUUAACUUUCCAAUCUCCAGCGAGUACCAGACCACUUCAGCCAGUACCAGCCAAUACCAGACCACUCCAAGGCAUCCAGGCCGACCCCACAGUCCAGCGAGAAGCAGCACUUCCAGGCUCAGUCCAGACAGGAAUAAUGCAUCCAGCUCAAGCAAGUACCAGACCGCUCCAGCCAGUACGAGUCAGUACCAGACCACUCCAGCCAGUACGAGUCAGUACCAGACCGCUCCAAGAAGCAGCAGGAAUGCCCUUGACAGUGAACUUUUCCAGUUGAACAUGAAAGUUCAAAAUAUACUUGAGAACCAGGGAGAAAUGAUGCGCAUGCUGAGAGGGCUGGCAGCACAGUCUGUGGGGCCAGAAUCUGUGGAUGUUCAAGAUCUCAUUGAUCAGCCUUUCGAGACUCUUGAGCAGCUGAAGGCCUUCUGUGAACGGCUCGACACUGAUCUUCUGCUCAGAAAGCAGCUGGUGAAAGCUCUUACUGCUCUUGGUGGGCAGAAUCUGGCAGACACGGUGAGGACAAUGCUGAGGAAAAUUGCCACAAACAAAGUCCUGGAGCAGCUUGGCCUCCGUGGAAAGUCAGGAAAAGUGGCGUUUGAGGACUUGCCCCUUUACAGAAUAAUAAAUAAGGCAUGCAGGGGUGUUAACAAGCAGACGACCACAGCUGAAGUGGAUUGUGAGCUUGGAGAGGUCCUGAAACUGGCCACUUUUCGAAAGGGAGGUUCAAAAUUUGAGGAGAAGAGGAAAAAUUAAGAGGGAGGACAAAAAAGGAAAAAGAAACAAGCAAAAGAACAGAGUGAGAUGAGAGGAUUUGGGUUUCCCUGCUUGGGCUGCUGCCCCCGCGACCCGACCUCGGAUAAGCGGAAGAAGAUGGAUGGAUGGAUGGAUUUACUUCCAGGAAGAGAACCAAGAAGGGGUAGGAUACACUGACGCGCACGACCAAGACCACUGCAUUCCAUUCCAUUUGUAUUAUAGU